UCAGUCUAACGAUGACCGUGCUGUGAUUAAGAUCAAUUGAAGUUUGGGUCCGUAUUUUUGGUGGUGGUAAAGCAAAAUGAAACCUCUCGGUACGGUGGCGUUCCUGUGGUUCGCGUUCAUGAUCGCGCCCGAGCUGGUCGAACCGGCCAAAAUUCUUAGCGUCUUUCCCACCAUGUCCAAAUCGCACUGGAUACUUGGUUCAUCGCUUAUGAAAGAGUUGGCCCAGGACGGGCACGAGGUCACAGUGAUAAGUCCGUUCCCGUUGAAAAAUGCGCCCAAGACUUAUCGCCAUGUGAAUGUGGAGUACAGCACUCGGAUGUUUGAAGAAAUCAUGGACGAAGUGUUUGACAAGAUCGAUGACAGCAUCGUGGAGAAAAUGUUGGAACUGGGCCGAUUUGUGCGUGAAAUAACCAACACCACCCUGGGAUCGCCCGAGGUGCAAGCUCUGCUCCAGUCGGACGAAACGUUCGAUCUGCUCGUGCUGGAAAUAUUCCUAGACGAUGCGUUUCUUGGGUUUGCCGAUCGGUUCAACUGUCCGGUGGUGGGAAUGUCCACGUUUGGCGUCUCGUCGUGGGUGAACUCGCUUACCGGCUCCCCGCAGCCCCUAUCGUACGUACCGCAUCCGAUGUCGAGCUUCACUGAUAAGAUGAACUUCUGGCAGCGGCUCGGUAACGUGCUGUUCACUGCCUUCGAUGAAACGCUGCUCAAGGUCAUGUGUGAUCCGAUACACCGGGAGCAUUACGCACGGUACUUCCCCAACGCUUCCCGGUCGCUGGACGAGAUGCGGCGGCACGGCGUCACGCUCGUGCUGGUCAACAGUCACUUCAGCUUAAGCUUCCCGCGCCCGUACCUGCCUAAUCUGAUUGAGGUUGGUGGAUUUCACGUUAAUCGUAAAGUAAACCCAUUGCCAGAGGACAUUAAAACGUUCAUCGAACAGUCGGAACACGGUGUGAUAUAUUUCUCGAUGGGAUCCAACCUAAAGCCGUCGAAAAUGGACCGGCAAAAGCGUGCCGAUGUUAUACGCGUUCUUUCGGGUCUGAAGCAGAACAUCAUCUGGAAGUGGGACGACGAUACGCUCGUGCUGGAUAAGAAGAAGUUCCUGCUCGGCAAAUGGUUCCCGCAGGAUGACAUCCUUGCCCAUCCGAACGUAAAGCUGUUCAUCACGCACGGCGGUCUGCUCAGCUGUACCGAAUCGAUCCACCACGGUGUACCGAUCGUGGGCAUUCCAAUCUUUGGCGAUCAGCUGCUAAACAUGGCACGGGCAGAACAGUCCGGCUGGGGUGUGGGAGUGGCCUACACGAAGCUGAACGAACAGACGUUCAGUAAAGCGAUCAACGAUGUGCUGGGUGAUGAGAGCUAUGCAGCAAACGUGAAAACAAUCUCCCGAAGGCUCCGCGAUCAACCACUCGCCCCCAUGGAUACGGCCAAAUUCUGGGUCGAGUACGUUCUCCGGCACGAUGGCGCGAAACAUCUUAUCUCCUCCGCGCAAGAUCUUAACUUCGUGCAGUACAACAAUUUGGACGUGUACCUGUUUAUAGCCGCAGUUGUUGUAACGAUUCUGCUGCUGAUUAGGUUAAGCGUUAAGAAGCUGUUCAACGCUCUACUGCGAAAAAAGAGUAAGCCAUUAGGUGCCAAAAAGAAAAAUUAAGGACCACUCGCACAACAUCGGACCAGCAAAAGGUGUGUCGGUGAAUUUUCGAAAAUUGAUCCACCGAACAGCCACUUGUUAAAAGAACAUGUUUACUACUUCCCGGGAAAAACGUUGUUUUGCCAUUUGAUGUUUGACAUUUUCGAUGUUGAAUCGAAAAUGUUUCACCCAAAAGAAACAUCGACAAACAAAAAGCAAAUAAACCAAAACAGAUGCUACUCACGGUGGAAGGUGGAAUCGAUACGUACAACUUGUAGGUGAAUUUGGACAAAAUGCCUACCACGCAAACAGAGCAAGUACGGUAGCAUAGUUUAUAAUAAAUUUGUUUUUACCUUAAAUUCAA